AUGGCUGGGUUCGAAUGCCAAACGAAACCCUCCACUACCAGCCCAAAGCUGAAGCUAUUCGGCUUCCACAUUUCUAGGGAUGAAAACAAAGAGACCGCGGAAAGGAUGGGCGCCGGAGGGAUUGUCUCGCCGGAUUCCUCAUCUGUUUGCGCCACCACGGCCAACUCCGGUGCUGGUGAAGUUCGGAAAUACGAGUGUCAGUACUGCUGCCGGGAGUUUGCCAACUCCCAGGCCCUCGGCGGUCACCAGAACGCCCACAAGAAGGAGCGCCAACAACUCAAGCGGGCCCAGCUCCAGGCCCACCAACAGGCUCGCGCCGCCGCCGCCAACGCCGCCGCCCUUCCAGGCCAGAUGUUCCACCACGGGGACCCCAUCAACUCCGUCUUCGGCCCUUCCCCUCAACUCCUCACCGCUUCUGGCCAGGCCGCCAACGCUAGGCCCACGAGCGGCUGGGUCUGCUUCCCCCGGGUCGUUGGUCCAAGUCCUCGAUUCUCCCAUGGCUGCAUCUUCCCCCGGGCGGCUUCCACAACCAUUUCCGCCUGGUCGCCAUCGCCCGGCUUCGCCAGCUUCUCCUCCGUAGGCUUCGGCGUCGGCGGUGUGGUUGGUGGCGGUGGCGGCGGGGCCCAAGGCCCCGACGAAGUUUUCGGCCUGGACUUGCAUCUCAGCCUCGCGCCGGCUGGCUCCUGA